AUGAUUACGUGCAUUUGCGAUACGCGUGGAAACAGCUCGAUUCUGAGAUUGCCACUGUAUACGGGGUGCGUCAUGGAGAAGGAUUUAGAGUGCUGCGAAAUUCGGCGCGCCCGACCGGAUGAACUCGAUCGAGUUGCUGCUUUGCGUGCCUUGUACGGGCAGCAGUUGGGCGUAGGAACCAUGGACACGUUCUGGAAUUUGGACCCCGAAGGCAUCUUUGUGGCUGUCACGGACGACGGAAAAGUGUUAGGAAGCGUCGCCGUCCUGAGAAUGAGCGACAGCAUCUCCUACGUCACGAUGCACGCCGUGUACCCCGAACUACGAAAGAAGGGCCUGGGAAAGCGCCUCUGGCAAGCCGUAGAAGCCCACCUCGGUCCGGACCGCAACGCGUUUCUCAUCUGCGGCGGAUUCGAUGUGUGCAUGUACCACAACAGGUUCGGUUUCGACUACGUUUCUCCCGUUUCGAUCCACUACAUCCGACCGGGACCCGCCGACAUUUCGACAUUGAGGACCGAAGUACCAGGCGUCGACAUCGUGGACUCGGCUACGUCAACCCUGACAUCCAAGGUCAUCGACUAUGAUCAAGUGGUGUCUGGGUUCAGACGGGAGAGGCUGCUGGACCUCAUCCUGAAGGAACCCGGGAACGUCUUCAAGGUCGCAGUGCACGGACACUCUGUGGUAGGGUACGGCAUCGUGAGUACGGAUAUCAGUGGGAUGGCCCUCCUGAGGAUAGUGUACGCGGACGACGUGGGUAUUGCGGAGUGUCUUGUGCACUCUCUCCUCAAUGGGUUCGCGCCCUUUGUGGAGAAGGGGUUGACUGGCCUGCUUUUGGCGGAAGCUGGGGACGCGACCGGGCUGGACAUCAAGAUGUCUAUCGAGGGCAUCCCUUGCGUGAAGAUUCUGUACCGCCGAGAACAGCCUACCUGUGACUAUAAGAGACAGUUUGUGGUUUGCGUGUGA